GAGAGGACGAGGACGAUAGUGCCGAUGAGGCUCUUUCAGAUCAACAUCGACUGAUCGCAAAGCCCAGACUUCUGGGAUCUUCGUGGGAGGUCAUGCGCUCGAAAUGGAACUGGAGAGGCUGGAUUCUCCAGGAACGCAUUCUCUCUAGGCGAAUAGCUUACUUUUCCAAGACUAAACUAUCCUGGGACUGUCUCACGACCUCGGGCGAAGAAGAAUCGCUUGGCAUUGCGGUGACUCCUUUACGAACGCAGUAUUUCCAGAGCGGCAUUCAGUCUUGGCGGUCACUUGUAGAAGACUAUACAGCGUGUUCAAUAUCUUUUGACUCCGAUAAGCUGGCUGCUAUAUCGGGACUCGCUGAGCGAUUGGAGACAAGAAGUAACACUCGCUGUUUCGCUGGUAUUUUUCAAGACUCCUAGGGAAACGGUUUGAUGUGGCGAUCGAACUUCGAGAAUCCUAUGACACAUAUGGAUUCAUUCCACGCACCGUCAUGGAGUUGGGCCGCUUAUAAAGGGCCCA